AUGGUCGCCUGCCUAAGCCCGCCUCCCGCCUCCAGCUCUACCUCCCACCCCCAAUCUUCGGAAUUAGGCUCGACAGUCCACAGCGCCGCCCGCCUCGCCGUGCGGCGCGUGCUCGCCGCGUGGUCCGAGCUGCUCGCGCUCGUGGGGCGCGUCGCGGAGCGCGCGCAGCACGGCACCACCGACGCCCAAGACCGGAAGAGCGGGAAGUUCGACAAGGGCGUGCAGGAGGCGGAUCGCGCGGCCGUGCUCGCGGCGACGGGGGUGGUGUGGGAGUGCUGCGAGGCGGUUGAGCGGGUCGUUGCGGACGGGAUUGUGGGGACGGUGGUGCGGAGGGCGGAGGAGUGGCGGGGGGUGUUGGUGGAUGCGGUGCAGGAACUGAAGGAGUGGGGGGAGGAAGGGGAGGAAGAGGGAGUAGGAAGCGAUGGGGAGGAAGAAGGGUUUGGCGAUGAGGAUGAUUUCUUUGGGGCGGGGAAUAAGUUGGGGAAGGGGGAUAGUGAGGUGAGGCGGUUGUUGGAGAGGAGUGUGAAGAAGUUGAGGAUGGUGGGGUUGGUGUAUCAGGCGCUUGUUAAGAGGAGGUUGAGGACGUUUCCGGUGCCGAAGGCCUCGUCAACUGGGAAAGCUUUGAAGGAGGGGGAGACGGAGGCGGAGGUGGUGGCGGAGCGGAAUAUGCAGACGCUGGAUCAGAUUAUGGCGCUGUUGAAAGGGAUACCGGAGACUGUGGAUGAGCUUGCGUCCGCGUUUUACGACCUCGAUGCUGAAGAGGUGGGGAAGUUGCUGGAGAAGGUGUGUGGGGAUGCUAUCAGGGCGACGCAAAUUGUGGAGAAGAGUUGGGAGGGGAAGGAGGAUGAGUUCAGCGCGUGGGCGGGGAAGUGGAGGGGGAGUUUUGAGGGGGUGGAGUGA